AUGGUUCUCUUUCAUUUGCACGAUAUAAUUAUUUAUCGAAUUUGCACGAUGGCCGAGGAACGUCCACCAGUAUGCGAUACGGAUUUGGACCUAUUGGCUAUUAGUUUUAAACCAGUAGCUUUUGUGAAAAUCCAGACUUCCGUGACCGCAAUCCAUGCACAACUAGGUACAGUUUCAUGUCAUCCAAUCACCGUUCACGAAGCUCGACCAAUGGUACACCGGGCGAACAUGACAUCCGAGUUAGCACAUAUGAUACGUCGUUCGGGUUGGAGCCAAUUCAGUUCUGAGCGGUACAGUUCGGAUUCUCGUAUUCCUAAAUUCAAUACUAUUCCGAUUACUACAAUUUGGCGUCACGCAAUGUACAUUCCUGUCAUUGAGCCAUUGAACCUGCCCGGAAGCCCAUGCCCUGCCUGUUCCGGUAACGUUGGUGGCAUGAAAUUACCGUCGGUAGAGUUGGAAGUGGACGGUGAACCUAUGUUCCUAAAACGACGCGUCCUCCCAUACGGUCAACGGGAAGAUGUCUUGAAAGCAUUACAGAAAAUUGAGCAGGAAGGUGUGAUGAGCAAAGUUGAAUCCAGUGCCUGA